GUUAUAGUCACCCCUUAUAAUUAAACUAGACUCAUAUUUUUCUAUUACUCUCUUGGUCUUAUGGCAACCCACCAAAAUAACAUUCCCUUUUUGCUUGAAAGAAAGGAUGUUGUGCUUGUCAAACCUGAAAAACCUACCCCUCAAGAAGUUCUUUCCUUCUCUGCUAUUGACAAUGAUCCCAACCUUGAAAUUAUAUGCCAAAGCAUAUAUGUAUACAAAGCAAAUCCCAUUUCCUGUAAUGGAAAUGGUCAUAAUGAUUUAGGGUCAAAGUUUAACUGUCAAGUAAAACCUGCAGAUCCUGCCAUUCUGAUUAAAGAUGCAAUUUCCAAGGUUUUGUUGCAUUACUAUCCUCUAGCUGGAAAGCUAAAGAGACAUGCUAGUGAUGGAAGACUUUCUAUCACUUGCAAUGGAGAUGGUGUGCCAUUCCUGGAAGCAACUUGCGAUUGCCAACUUUCUACUCUUAAUUACUUGGAUGGUAUUGAUGUUCAAAUUGCUAAACAAUUUGUCUUUGAUUUUCCAUCAAAAAGUGACUCAGGUUACCACCCACUAAUGUUUCAAGUGACCAAAUUCUCAUGUGGGGGUUUCACAAUUGGAAUGGGCUUGACACACUCAGUAGCUGAUGGGUUUGGUGCAGCACAAUUUUUUAGAGCCUUGGCUGAGCUUGCUAGUGGAAAGAGUGAGCCUACAGUUAAACCUGUGUGGGAUAGGGAAAGACUGGUGGUAGGGAAAAGAACACUUGAACCAUUCCAAGUCCCUUUAGACAUUCCUGCUGGUUUAGCAAAAUCACCAUAUUUGCCAACUGCUGACAUUUUGCAUGAAUGUUUUUACCUGAAUAGCGAGACAAUAAGAAAACUGAAAGCUAACCUAAUGAAGGAGUGUGGAAAAGAAGCACUGAAAGAAAGCUUCACCACCAUUGAAGUGCUUGGUGCCUAUAUUUGGAGGUCAAGGUUUAGAGCUUUCAAGAUGGACCCAGAUGAGAAAACUCUCUUCUCUCUAACCAUGGGAAUAAGGCAACACUUCAAUCCACCUUUGCCUAGUGGGUACUAUGGGAAUGCUUUUGUGCCUUCAAAUGUGGUCUUAGUGGGUAGGAAACUCAAUGAAGGACCACUUUCUGAUGUUGUCAAACUCAUUAAAGGGCACAAGAAACUCUGUGCUAAUACAGAAUAUAUUUUGAAGCACAUAGAGAUUAUAGAGAAACUGCUAGAGCUAAAUAUCAAGAUUGAAAGUGGUAAUGGCGCAGCCAUGAUUUUGACAGAUUGGAGACAACUGGGCUUAUUGGAGGAAGUAGAUUUUGGAUGGAAGUCUCCGGUGAACAUAAUCCCAGUGCCCUGGAACAUGUUUGGCUAUGUGGAUCUGUGUAUUUUCAUGCCUCCUUGUAAUUUAGAUCCAUCAAUGAAAGGUGGGGUUAGAGUGCUUGUUUCUCUGCCAAGAGCUGUCAUGCCCAAGUUCAAGGAAGAGAUGGAUGCUCUUUUGCAGCUCGGAGAUGAUAGUGCUGAUGCUCUCUGAACUCCCAUAAUAACAGUUUGUAACAACAAUGUAUUAAUCCUCUUUAAAUUUGUGUUACUUGCAUAUUUGUUUAGAGAUAUCAUGUUAUGGUAAUUGUAUGAAGCUAUUGAAUAGCCUUGCAUUUGAACUUCAAAUAA